AUGCCUGCUCGACUGAAAGAAUCCGUUGAGAACUCCGAAUGCGAAUAUCGACGGCUGGGCAACAGUGGCCUGAGGGUUUCUGUGCCUAUUUUUGGCUGCAUGAGUUUUGGCGACCCAAAUUCAAUGCCAUGGACAAUUGGUGAAGAGUAG